AUUACAAUGAUUCAUUCUACAACCUUCAACUGUUAAGCGUUAUCAGAGAAUAGGAGGAGGGAAGAGCCGACAUAAUUAUGAACAUGUUCUGUACAAAACUAAGAUCCAUCAUCGAAAAAAAACGUGAUGGAAGUAAACUAACAACAGAAGAAUUACAUUAUUUUAUAGAAAAAGUAGUCGAAAAGGAACGUAAAGUACAAAAUGGCGAAAGGGUGGAAGAUCUCUCGGCACAAAUCGGUGCCAUGCUCAUGGCAAUUUAUUUCUCUGGAUUGGACGACGAAGAAACGGCCACAUUGACUAAACUCAUGGUAAACUCCGGUAAGGUAUUUAAAUGGAAGGAUGAAACGAGAGAUAUCAUAGUAGAUAAACAUAGUACGGGUGGAGUUGGAGAUAAAAUUAGUCACGUUCUAGUACCCGUUUUGGCAGCGUGUGGAUUAAAGUUGCCAAUGAUAACUGGAAGAUCUUUAGAUUUCACUGGAGGAACGUUAGACAAGUUGGAAUCAAUUCCAAAUUUCAAUGCUAGUCUGGCACCAGAGGAAGUGGAAAGAGCUCUAGAAGAUAUUGGAGCGUGUAUAAUUGGCCAAACGUUAGAAUCGGUUCCAGCAGAUAAAGUCCUGUAUCAUUAUCGUGAUAUCACCGGAACUGUGAACAACAUUUCUCUGAUAACGGCUUCUAUUGUUUCAAAGAAACUGUCUGAAGGGUUAUCCGCUUUAGUUUUUGAUGUUAAAACUGGAAAUUCGGCCUUUUGCGAAACUGAAGAUGCAGCGGAAGAACUGGCUUCUUCUAUGGUGAAUGUCGCUUCGUCUAAUGGUGUUAAAGCCACGGCUUUCUUGACCAGAAUGGAAGCUCCUAUUGGAAAAAUGAUAGGGAAUUCAUUAGAAAUUAUAGAAACUGUCCAAUGUCUUAAUGGAAAUGCACCUUGCGAUAUUCAAGAGCUUGUGGAAGUUUUUGGAAGCGAAUUGCUUGUUCUGUCCAAGCGAUGCAGAAACGAAGACGAAGCAAAAAUUCUGAUUAGAAAAGUUAUAAGUGAUGGAAGCGCCUUAGAAAAGUUCUAUCAAAUCUUAGUUCGUCAAGGGGUAGAUAAAGAUGUAGCUAGAAAAUGCGUGGAAAAUCCAUCAUCUGUAUUACCAAACACUAAGCACGUGACUGAAUUUAAGUAUAAUGGAAAAGCGGGUGUUGUAAUUGGGAUCGAGGGGAAGAAAUUGGCAAAACUUUGUAAGAAAGAAGAAAGACGAGAUGGAUAUUUAAAUUACGGAGUUGGUAUAGAAUUAACGCUUCAUUUGGGUGAUUCCAUAAACGAAGGUGUGACGUGGAUGAAAAUGCACCACGAACACCCACUCUCUGAUGAGCUUUAUUCAGAAGUACAGUCGAGUCUCGCUGUUGGUGAAAGCUUCCAUAAAUCGAGUAUGAUUCUUAAGAAGAUUUCUACGGUUGGCUCUCAAUAAGUAACGAAGCAUCUCGUGGACUGUCGUACUUGCUUGCUAAAGAAAUCGAAAUUUAAAAUUGUCUAGAAAUGUUCGUGUUAAUAAUUACUUGUGAUUAUUGUAAUGAAAUUGUGUAGGGAAUUUUUUCAUAUUUUCAGACUAGCUAUUAAUAAAAUGCAUUGUAAAGGAA